AUGGAGCAGACAUUGCCUGCAACUCCUGAUACCUACCUUGCUUUGCGUGCCUCACCUUUCGAGCUUCACACAUUACCGGUGACGUCGUUUGAAGCACUUAUAUAUGAUGCAGGGCGCUCUGGGUUGUCAGGCCUACUUGGACGCAUCAUAUCCGAUGUACUCGAGCAUCGUGCCGCUGAUGCAGAGACAGGGCGCCAGGAUCAGUUGCUACUCGCAUUGUUAAAUAUGGCCAGCACCUUUCAAAAACAAGUGCCAAUUGCACCAGAUAUUAUCGUGCAGCUUGCGUCGCAGUAUGUGCAAAACGCAGGCGUCAAACACAUGCCUGCGCACCUUGCGGCUCAUAUCAUGCGCUGUACGCUCGGACUUCCAGAGCGCACAACCGAGCAGCAUGAGCUGGUGUUGAGUUUAUUCAAACAUCUAGCUAACACAGCUGAAUAUCCACUGUUGGAAGAGGGGUUACAUGUGAUUGAAUGCGUCAUGCGCGAUGAUACGGUCUGUCUUACGACGGUGAUGGGUCUUGUGUCGCAAACCGCGCAUGUUGACGGCGAACGGCUCGGCGAACAUACUUUAGAACAAGCGCGUGCAGAUGGUUUUGCUUGGCGUCGAUGGGUGCGUGAGACAAGUGGCUGGGUAGGUGUGAAUGACCUUUUGCAUGACAAAACAGAUCUACAGACUCAUGCAUUGCGCAUUUCAAUAUGGUCGUUGUGUUGUCGCGCUUGGAUUCGACUUAAUCGCUCAUCGCGUUUUCGUGACUCACUCUGUCACCUUCGCGCUACAUUCAGCUGUGCUACGGAGGCAGUCACUGCCGGAGCUGUGUCACAGGCACCACCCAGUAUGUUGGUACUAAAGGGUUUGUUGCAGGCACAUCUCGUGCAGUUGGCUGGCAUGCAUACAGCCAAUGCUAUCAAAACAGCUCUUGUUUCGAUUCAGCAUGUACCGCCUGAAGAAGUCUCGCAACUUACGCCGCGGGUCAUCCAGACCCUUUGCGAACGUGCUAUUCAAUUGGACGAGACUCGCACUGCUGCGUUCAUAUUGCAGCAUUAUGUAUCAUGCGCUAAUCGAGUAUUUGGAAACACACAGCUACUGACGCAAUUCUUACGCGGUCUGCCUGAUCAGCUUAUGCUUGCCAUUCUGGAGUACCUCGCUCAUACAGCAGCCAUGACCGAAGCCGCAGAAUGGGCGAAGCUUAUUGUCGGCCGCAUAGACGAUUUGCACAUGGACGCACGUCCUGAGCCACUGCGCAUUCGCUGGCUUGUUUGUUUAUGUGCACUUCAAUUGUCGGACCAAGCCCGCUGGUUGUAUAUGCGAUGGACUGGCUCCUCAGGGGAACCUCUCGAUAACGAUAUUCGUGCGACUUGCCAGAAUCAACAUACAUGUCAGGCUUCUAUGCGCAACGACCAUUUUCUUGCUCGUGUGUACGAAGUGCUAGGUCCUGUGGAGUCAUAUCUAUCAAAGGAUUCAGAAAUACCCCCUCCGCUGGACAGCAGCGUGCCUGGCUCUCCCCCAUGCAUCUUGGUUUUGGUGCGUCACUUUGCAAAUGGCGUGGACGCAUCAUUUGCCCGUGCUGUUCGCGAUGAUUUUCUUAAAGUGGUUUACUCAGGACGUAGCAGUCUGCCAGAACAUUACCAUCUGACUGCUCUCAUGCAAGCAUCGUUUAUGCUCGGUGAUACACAGGUGAGUUUGCGUGCCUUGCGAACCUUGCAAUCGUGUCAAUACGAGUUGGAUAGCAAGGAUGUAUCUGUAUUGCUUCGGGGCAUAACAGAUCUAGCACCUGCUUUGGGCUUGUCAUUGCUUGCGGAGGUUCCUCGUCAAAUGCGCCAGAACCCCCAUCUGUAUGCUGUGGUCAUGGCGCGAUGUAUUCGUGCACAUAAAUUAGACUUGGCUGAUCGCGUGUAUGACAUGGCUUGUGACCUAAACAUUGGUCCACAGCUUGCUGCUAGUGCACCUACCGUUUUGCUUUCUUGCUCUAGAGACCGUCCGCCUUCAUUCGUGCACCGAACCUUAAUGAUGUUACGCGAUGGUUGGCAACCUGAGUAUCAUUUUUUGAAUUGGAUCAUUCGCACAGCUGCACGUGGGAUGACCCCUCGGGAUGCUCGUUCUUCCAUCGUACGCUUUCGUGUUUCUCGGGAUCAGGACGUUGCUGCAGCUGUCAAUUUGUUUUGCCACGUCGCUAAAAAACGCGAAUAUGUGGACCCACCUACUGCCCGGCUUGUUCUGUUCCAGAUCGUGCUGCUAGCUCGGCGCCAUGCGCGGCGCGGAUCACUGUCUCUAGCAUCAACAUGGAGAUCGCGUUGGAUUUCUCAUGUUGACAGUGUAAUGAAAGCAUUGUUCGCAUCGCCUAUGCGCUUCGACCCAUCGAAUCCUCCUGAUAUCCAAAACGAAAGUAUGCUGAAUUACUAUCCUGAAAACACUUUGCCUCUUCCGAGGUCUGUCGUUAAACAAGCAAUCCUUGCAUAUAUGAGUCUACACGAUCAGCGGGGUGUGCAAGAUCUUUUUACUUGGAUUAGAAAGCACGGGAUUUUGCCGACCGACAUUCUUGCGAAAAACGAAUAUGCAAACUUCAAUGCAUUGCUGCAAAUUCCUUAUCCUGAAAAUCACGACACGUCAACAUCACAGUGGCUUUCCAUUUGA